AUGCCCGACGACUUCUCCUCAAAGGACGAGAGCGCCUGGAAGGCCCAGGACGCCGCCGACGAGCGCGAGAUCACGCGCCUCCUCGAACAGAGCCAGGAGGGAGGAAGCGGCGGCCUCACGCUCGACGACACCCCCUUCGACCAGACCAACAAGGCCGACGAUGCCCAGGAUUUUGAGGACAUCAGCGACGAUGAUCUGCCCGACGAGGAAGAGCCCGGCAUCGGCAACUCGCUCGAGCUUCCCGGCCUGACCGACGACGGCGGCACGAGUAACGAUGCCGACGAUCUGUUUGGCGAAGGCCCGUCCUCGCCCAUCGACGCCAUCCUCGGCCCCUCGUCGCCUGCGCCCCAGGUCCACGAUGUCGACGCGGCCGACGACGCGCAGCCCACCGACGCAGGCCUCAGCUUUGCCGGCAUAAACUUUGACCCCGACCCUCACCUCAACGGCGCUGCCAACCAAGACCCCGACAUCCCCGCCCCUGCCGAGACAGUCGAGGACCUCCUCAAGGCAGCUUGGCCGGCCUUCAAAAAGGGCCAAGUCCUCACCUGGAGCGAGCUCUUGCCGCCCAAAAGGGCCGUUUGGAAGGAAAAGAAGCCUCUUAAGAAGCCAAAGCGUCUUGUCACCAGCAAGCAGACUCUGGAGUUGGCGCCCGAUCAGGAAAAGCAGUUUCGCAUUCCUGGCUCCGCGGCGACCGGCAAGCAAAGGGCGCACGAGUCCGCGGCACUCAUCCACUGUGACAAGGAGAAUAUUGUCCAGGAUGAGGACUCUGCCCGCAUCGACCUUGAUCACGAAUCAGACACGGAGGCGGUCCACGGCUUCACCUUGCGCGAUAUUGAGAUGGCGUGCGAGGACUGGAGCGCUCGCAUCGAUGCCGUCGAGGCCGAUUUCCAUGCCAUCCAGGCCGCCGAGAAGGAGAAGGCUGCCCACAAACGACGGGCUGAGGACGAGCAAGAAGACGACGAGUGGGACGCCGAGUUUCUGCUCGACGCGGCCGAUGAACCACAGCCCCAACCCCGCAAACGCAGAGUCAUCAAGUUCGGCCUCCCGGAAAUCCCCCGAUACACGGCGCCGUCGUUUGACAACUUCGAGGAAGUCACCCGCCGGGGUUCCAAGCGCGUCCAGCUCGACAUGUCGGACCCACAUCUUCUUCUCGAGACAGAGACGCAGCGUCCCGCCAAACGACCUCGCCUCGACGCCCAGUCUAAACGCAUGUCCAACGGCAAGAUGGGCCGGGAUCUUUCCCAGCGAUUCAACCUUUCCAACGACGAAUCCUACGAGCUGCUCAAGGAGAACCACCAGAGCAAGGUCCGCGCCACGCUCGGAAACAUCUCCGUCGAGCACAGCAUGCCGGCCAUCAAGCUUACAUGGCCAUACUACAAGGUCAAGUUUGCCGGGACGACUGAUCAGUACCAUCGACCUCGUUUUCGCUACAAGAAGUUUGCCGGCCACGCCAUUAAGUUUGACAAGCUGCAUCACCACAAGAGGAAGCAGAUGAAGGGCAAGGCGCACGAGGUUUUCGCUCAUUCCAAGGAUCUCAGCAUAGGCGACAACUCGACGGCCGUGCUUUUCGAGUACUGCGAGCCAAGACCGAGGGUGCUCAGCAACUUUGGCAUGGGCAACAAACUGAUCAACUAUUACCGCCGCAAAGACCACAAGGACGAGGAACAGCUCCCCAAGCAGGAACUGGGCGACUAUCGCAUGCUCCUCCCGGAAGACCGGUCACCCUUCUCACUGUUCGGGACCGUCGACGCGGGCGAGACGGUGCCCACGCUGCAUAACGAAAUGUAUCGGGCCCCGGUCUUCAGGCACAACCCGAGGAGUUCCGACUUUCUCGUCGUCCGCAACACGACCGGCGUCGAGGGGUCGAGGUGGUUCAUUCACAAGAUUGACCAUCUCCACGUUGUCGGACAGACAUUCCCUUCUGUCGACGUUCCGGGGCCCCAUAGUCGAAAGGUCACCAAUGCGUCGAAGAACAGGAUGAAGAUGCUCGCCUUUCGCAUGAUCCGGCACAGCGCGACGGACAAUUGCCAGCUCUCGGACAUUACUAAGCACAUUGCCGAGUCCACUGACACUCAGAACCGUCAAAAGCUCAAAGAAUUUCUUCAGUACGACCGAGACAGUGGCGAAAAGGGAAUGUGGCGCCUCAAGCCUGGGGAGAUCUUGCCGGAUGAGAACGCGAUUCGCUCCAUGAUCAAGCCCGAGGAGGUCAGCUUGCUCGAUGCCAUGCAGCUUGGCAUCAAGGAACUUGAGGACGCCGGAUACGACCCCCGCAAUGCAAACAUUGAGGAUGAACAGGUGGCCGAUGCCGACGGCGGCGAGGAUGACGAGGUUGACGACGAAGGAAGCAAGGUGACAAAAGCCGCCAAGAAAGCAGCAGAGAAGCAGGAGGAGACGCUCGCCGACAAGAUGGCUCCGUGGAAGACGACCAAGGCGUUCAUCGACGCGUGUGCUCAAAAGGCUAUGCUGCAGCUGCACGGCGAGGGUGAUCCGACUGGCCACGGCCUCGGCUUCAGCUUCAUCCGCACGUCGAUGAAGGGCGGCUACAUUGAGGCUGUCCAGGGGCCCCUGGCCACGUCGGCUGACGCAAUGGAACGCGAGAAACGCGCUAACGGCGGCCACGCGUACAAUGUCAAGAAGCAGCAAGCCAUGUACGAGGAGGGUAUCCGGGAGAUCUGGGAGAAGCAGAGGACCACGUUGUCGGACCCGCAGGAACACGCAGAUAAAGACGUCGCGGUGACGGAAGACGAAGACGACCGAUUCAAUGUGAACGCAGCCGCGACGCCCGCGCAUUUUGACGAAGGCAUCAGCCAGAUCAGUGGUCUGACGUCGUCGAGUCGUCACCAAAAGCGCACGAUUCGCAUCGUCAGGGAGGUCCAAAUGGCCGACGGCACCACGCAGACACGCAUCGAGGUGGUCCACGACCCCGUCGUUAUCUCGCAGUACAUGAAGCGGCGCACCGAGGCCGACCUGGAACUCAGAGACAUUUACAGCGCCAGGCCUACGGGUAAUGCCGACCAUGACCGUCUUGCAAACCUUAGAAUCAAGAAGGAACUCGAGCGACUUGAGAAGAACAAGGCCAGGCGACAAGCCCGAGAGCAACAGAAAGAGCUCCACCAGAAAGCAAACGCCGGCGACGCCGGUUCACCAGGCCCCACUGGAGCCGACAAGAUCCCGACGGGAACCACGCGCAAGUGUGCCAAUUGUGGACAGGUCGGACACAUCAAAACGAAUAAGAAGUUAUGUCCGCUGCUCAACGGCACAUGGAAAGCAGACAGUGGUGCAGUGGAACACGGCGGCUUUGGUAACUACAAUGCCCCGACCGGCAACGCGGGAUCACCCGAUGCUUGA